UGAAAGCUCAAAUAUGACCGAAACGAUACCAGCUUCUCAAAUUCCCCAGCAUGUCGCUGCCCAACUUGCUCAUCUUACAUCUCGCCCGAGCGUGCAAUCGACAUUGAUACUAUCACGAAAGGAUGGAUCCAUCAUCCAAGUCACAGGCAAAUUAGCUCCGCAAUCAAGUCCGGUUACCAGCUUAAAUCCGACGCCAUGGCCAGAAGUGCUCUCGUCCACAGAAGAGACACCGACUGCGCCGUCGAUAGAUGGGGACACAACAGCAGUAUCAAUUACAUCCAUACCCAACGCCCCGUAUAAGCCCAGUGAGGCAGAGACGUUAGCAUCGCACAUCUACGCCUUUGUUUCAUCAGCGUCAGCAUUAAGCGCAAUCUUAUCCGGUCCAUCGGCCAAGGCGAAUAACAACGAGCCAGAUUAUGGAGCUCAAGGUUUGCAAGGAAACGGAAUGGACAUGGAAACCGACACAGGGAGGCGAGAAAACCAAGAUAAGGAAGCUGGAAACGAUCGUGAAGACGAGGACGAAGUCAAAUUACUCCGGCUGAGGACGAAAAUCCACGAGGUUAUUAUCAUUCCGGACCGGAGAUAUCUCCUAUGCGUCGUGCAGGACGUUUCUGUUGGUGGGGUUAGUGGAGGCGGAGGAUCCCAUCGCUGAUUCUGGGGCCGCAUUCCAUCUCGUCAUAGAGACAUCUUUGCAUUUCAGAGCGUUUUUUUCGUAUAGAGUCGCAUCUAAAAGCGACGUGAUGAUACAGCCAUUGUUGAAUCGAUACCCAAUCAUGAGCGAGAUAUAUCAAGAUAUUAAUAUACUGGCUCUUCAUGUUUCCCAUAUGUUGCCUCGUGGCCUGGUCAUAUUUCGAGGUCCAUGGCCCCGUUGAAAAGCUUCGGAGAGACUACUAUAUGCUACAUAUAAGGAAGCAAGGGAGCACCAGGAACUUUUACUUCAGAUAACGGUAUUAACCAUCUUAUUCCAUUAUUCGACAUUGAGCUAGGCCGUAUCUCCACCAACGAGCACCAGCAUCCUUGACGAAACGAGCGUCCAAAAGAAGAACAGUUGAUACGGUAUGAAGCGUUUACUUCUGUUCUUUACAAGCUAUCAGCGCCGUAUUUUUGGCACCACGCCAUUUAUCACUUACCACCACCCAUUCCCAUGGACUUGGACAUCGACUCGGUCGCUUUGCUAGCGGUCUCCUUGGCUUGGUCCAUGACUCCCUGGGCCUUCUGCUUGGCGCCCUCGGAUCCGGACUUCGUGCUCUCAGACAGUCUCUCGGCGGUGUUCUUGGUGUCACCUAGAAGUUGCAGUUAGAUACAACGGGAACGGAUAAGCGUUGAAAGCUGUGGUUUGACGGACCAGGCUGCUGGCUGCCCGGGAAAUGUUCUCCUUUAUCAGCCAUGCUUUGUCUAAUGGAAGUUCUGUGCCUUAGAAGAGCAACAUUAGCAUCACUUCUUGUUCUUGGAAUGGGCUCUAAGUGGGACAUAAGUAUACCUUGAGU